AUGUUCAAAUACAUCACUUUUGUCGCACUCUUCGCCAUCGCCACCGCCGCUCCAGGUUUCAUCGCUCAACCCGUUGUGGCCAAAGUAGGUGCCGUUGUACACACCGUUCCAUCUGCCACCUCACACCAGAGCAUCACCCAAGUGCACAAUAAUGCGCAUAUUGUUACACCUGUUGUGAAAGCCGUGGCGCCUGUGGUUCAUGUUGCUCCAGUUGUGAAGACCUACUCAGCUCCUGUGGUUCCAGUUGUGAAGCCUGUGGCACCAGUGGUCCCAGUAGUGAAGACCUACUCGGCUCCUGUGGUUCCAGUUAUCAAGACAUACUCCGCUCCUCUGGUACAUCACGUUCCAGUUGUUAAAUCAGUUUUAGCUGCUCCAGUUGCACACAUAGUUCAUCAUUAA